AUGUCGACAUCAACGAUGUCGCUCACCGCGACUCCCGCUAAGCGUUCGCCGCUUCUCGCCGGAGAGAAGAAAUCUAACAUCGAUUUCCCGCCGAGCGAAUCUCUUGCGAACGGCAGAGAUCCGAUCCGCGCCGAGGCCGUCGUCGAUCGAUCUCAAAGCCAAGAGUUAGGUCCCGUAACGAGGAGAUCUGUUUCCGCCGCGACGGGAACAACAACGACAACAAACACAACCGCCACGCAGCGGCGGACGCGGAAGGUAGCGACGCCAAAGACGGAGAAAGCGCGGUGGAAGAGAGUGGUGAGGAUAUUCGCUAAGCAGCUUAUUGCUCUUCUGAUCAUCGUUGGAUUGAUUCAGGUGACGAGGAAAGUGAUUCUGAAAGUGACUUCUUCUUCUUCGUCCUUUGAAACGACGGCGUUUUCGGGGUUGGAGAGGAGAAUUGCGGAAGUGGAUGGACUUGUAAAGGCCACGACGAGUAAAAUGCAGGUUCAAGUUGAGUUACUUGAUAAGAAGAUGGAAAAGGAAGCGAAAGCGUUGAGGCAAGAGCUUGAGAAGAAAGCCUCGACGUUCCAUAACGAGUUGAAGAAGAUAGAGUCUAGAACCGAGUCGUUAGAGAAGUCAGUAGAAGAAGUAAAUGCGAAACCUUUUGUGUCUAGAGAUGAGUUAGACAAGAUUUACGGGGAAUUGAAGAAAGGUAAUGUCGAUGCGUUUAGCGAGGUUGGCAUCGAUGAGUUGAGGGCGUAUGCUCGUGAGAUGAUGGAGAAAGAGAUUGAAAAGCAUGCUGCUGAUGGACUUGGUAGAGUGGAUUACGCGUUGGCUUCUGGUGGUGGGUUUGUGAUGAAGCAUUCAGAUCCGUUUCUUGUUGGGAAAGGGAGUAAUUGGUUUGCGACAAUUGGUGGACGUGCUCAUGCCAAUGCGGUUAAGAUGUUGUCUCCGAGUUUUGGGGAGCCUGGUCAGUGUUUUGCGCUGAAAGGUAGUAAUGGUUAUGUUCAGAUCAGGCUGAGAGGGCCUAUUGUUCCAGAGGCUUUCACCUUGGAGCAUGUAGCUAAGAACGUGGCAUACGACAGAUCGAGUGCUCCAAAAGAUUGUCUCGUAUCAGGAUGGCUGCAAGGAAUAGGACAGGAACUCUCAGACGAGACAGGGAAGAUGCAACUUCUAACAGAGUUCACUUACGACUUAGACAGGUCGAACGCACAGACAUUCAACGUUUUAGACUCACCAGACUCUGGUCUUAUCGAUACUGUCAGGCUAGACUUCACCUCCAACCAUGGAAGCAACUCUCACACUUGCAUCUAUAGGUUCAGAGUUCAUGGGCGUGCACCAGACCCAGUCUCUGUUAUGGAAACCCAGUCUUGAUCAGGACAUUUCACCUGGAACUGAAAAAAUCAUCUUGUCUUUUCUUUAAUCCACAUCUCUUUUGUUGCCUGUUUAUUGAAUAGAAAAAAAAAGCAUCAGAUUCUUGUGAAAAAAAAGAAAACAGUAGAGAACUGUAUGGUUUACAGCUACCUUUUAGUUUGUUUGGUUUACUGUCUUUGUGAUAUCCAGUUGAUUUUGUUUAAUCCAUAAAACGCAUCUUACCUGCCAUAUAUUUUGGAUAUGAUAUCUUCAAAGAAUAUCACACCAACUUGCCUAUGCAGUAAACGCCAUUAUUC